AUUUUCAGGCUUUUUAUCAGAGUAUCAAAACACCCUAAACUGGUGAUUCGGUGUGAUAACUAUAAAAUGGCAUUAAAUAAAUUAAUUGGGACAUUUGGUCGUCUAUCUAUAAAGAAUGUCUUCCAAUAUGGACAGAAACGUGCUGCAUCAACAAUGAGCGUUCGUGAUGCACUCUCAAUGGCGUUAGACGAAGAAUUAUCACACGAUGAUCGUGUUUUUUUAUUGGGUGAAGAAGUUGGACAUUACGAUGGUGCUUAUAAGGUAUCAAGAGGAUUGAUGCGUAAAUUCGGUGAGUCUCGCGUCAUAGAUACUCCAAUUUCGGAAGCAGGCUUUUGUGGUUUGGCUGUUGGUGCAGCAUUUAGUGGUCUUCGUCCGAUUUGCGAAUUUAUGACUUUCAAUUUUUCUAUGCAGUGUAUGGAUCAGAUUAUAAAUAGUGCAGCCAAAACACAUUAUAUGUCAGCGGGCCAACUGCAUUGUCCCAUUGUUUUUCGUGGACCAAAUGGAGCAGCUGCCGGUGUUGCUGCACAACACAGUCAGGAUUUCACUGUAUGGUUUUCCCAUUGUCCCGGAUUAAAGGUUGUAACACCGUAUUCUGCUGAAGAUGCGAAAGGUUUGCUGAAGUCAGCUGUUCGUGAUGAUAACCCUGUGGUUAUGUUAGAGAAUGAAUUGUUGUACAGCGAAAUGUUCCCAAUGUCGGAUGAAGCACUGAAGGACGAUUUUAUGGUACCUCUUGGCAAAGCUAAAAUUGAGCAAGAAGGUACAGAUAUAACACUUAUCUCAUAUUCAAUUGGUUUGGUACCAACAAUGAAAGCGGCCGAACAACUAGCCAAGGAAGGUAUUAGUGCUGAAGUGAUUAAUCUCCGAUCCAUUCGCCCGUUUGAUUUUGAAACGGUCAAAAAAUCAGCCAUGAAGACUCGCCAUGUAGUAACUAUUGACAAUGGAUGGCCAUUUUGCUGCGUAGGAUCGGAAAUCUGCAUGCAGUUAAACGAAUCAGAAGCAUAUGACGCUCUGAAUGGUCCCAUAUAUCGAGUAACUGCUACCGAUGUCCCAUUGCCAUUUAGCGAAACUCUCGAAAGGGCAGCACAGCCACAACCGGAAGAUGUAGUAAAAAUGGCGAAAAGAUCAUUGAAAAAAUAAGGCUAUAGGAAAAUUAAUCUUUAUUUGUCACAGUGGAAUUUCUGAUAAUGUAAAAUUUCUGAUAGGUGGUUUUAUGGUGAUGAAAUUUGGUAAAAUUUCUGGUAUCUGAUAGGUAUGGUGGCAAGUCAUCUAUUUGUUAAAUUGCCGCAAAUGUUGUAAAAGUCUGCGAAGUUUCUGUUGACUAUAAUUGUUAAGGUUCAGUUUCUC